CGCUGCGCCGUCAGAAGGUCGACAGCGAGGGAGCGCUGCACCGUCAGAAGGUCGACAGCGAGGGAGCGCUGCGCCGUCAGAAGGUCGGCAGCAAGGGAGCGCUGCGCCGUCAGAAGGACAAGUUAAUGUGAAAUGGCUUAUCGGAAAGGCAAAGGAAACCAGAGGAAGUGGAUGUUUGCCUGGGCUUUCCCACCUCUGCUUGUUGCCUUAACUCUUCCUGAAAUUUCUGAUUGCAAAACUCACCCAUGGCACCGCCUCAUUUUGUCCCAGCACUGGCCUCAGACUGUAUGUUUGAUGGUGAAUGAGACUUGUAAAAUUUCUCCUAAUAUUAGCUACUGGACAGUUCAUGGACUCUGGCCCAAAAGUGUCCAGACAUGCAACAGCUCCUGGCAUUUCAAAAUCGAAAAUGUUAAGGGUAUUUUAUCUGAAUUAGAGCACUGGUGGCCUGAUGUGCUCCAUCUCAACAGUACUGAGCUCUGGAAACAUGAAUGGCUGAAACAUGGAACGUGUGCAGCUAUGCUGGAAUCUUUAGACACACAGGAGAAGUAUUUCAGUAAAGCACUGGAACUGUACCAAAAAAUCGACCUGAACAGUGCUCUGAAGAAGUUUGAUAUUUUGCCAUCCAAGUAUUAUAUGAUCGAGAACAUUGAAAAUGCACUUGUAUCAUUCUAUGAGGUAAUACCGAAGAUUCAGUGCCUGUCUCCAACUGGGGGAGGCUCAGCGCAACUACUGGGCCAGAUUGAAUUCUGUUACACUAAAGACUUUCAGCUGCUGAACUGCACAGAAACUGCACCUAGCAUGUUCGUCUCCGAGAAUGGCAGACAGCACGCUACCUAUUUGGACUUUUCUGUGUGUAAGCGUAACCAGAAAAUCUAUUACCCUCCAAUCGAACACCAGUACUGAGACUGAGAGAAGAUGGCAAUUACAGUGGUGUCCUGUGCUGCAGGUUCACUGGAGAGUACAAUACAUUUGUGUGUGAUUCUAAGGACACGAGUAUGAGCUGUCAGUUUGGGUGCAGUGCCAAAUUUUAAUAUUGAGGAAAGUGUGUUAGCAAUGCAUAGUGGGUCAGCCAACUUGCUAAGAGAGCAAUUACAUGUGUCUCAGGUGAUUUUCUAGCAUUUAAUGUCCUUUUAUCACCAUUUCCUGUGUGUGGAAUUACUUAGUGAAAUAUUUUAAUAGAUUUUAUAGCUUAUUUCUGCCCAGAUAAAGUAAGCUUUAUCGCUCAUUUUAAAUUAGCUUGCCUUAUUAUGUGGGUAAGUUAACCUGUGUAUUAAAUAGGCAUCAGUUUAUCAUGAUAUUUGGUGUUGCACAAUAUACUUCAAUAUAAUGGUGCUAGUACUUGAAGACAGGAAACCAAAGAAACUGUUUCAUCAGUGAAUAGGACAAGAAUGCAGCCAAGUUUUUAUCUUAAAGCUUUAAUAAUUUGUGCUUGCUUAGUUCCUCCUCCUCAGUCAUUUCCUUAGCUGCAGGGAAGUGGUCAUACACCUGGAGCUUCCUCUUAUUGGCAAUUAGUGGGCAUGUGCCCCCACCAGAUGAGACACAAUUCAAUUGACCCCUGUGCUCUUCACCAGAAGAGGAUGUCUCACUUGCUGGUGGUGUGUUUUGGUCAACCUUCUCUCCCUCCUAGGUUUUAUUAUUUGAAAGCGGUGCUUGUUUGUGUACCUACCUUAGUCUCACGAGCUGGAAUCACCCGUCACCACUGUGAUUGUUUUACCAUUCAGGAUGGUUUUAAAGCUUCCAAUUAACUUUUCUAAUGAAUAAUUAAAUCAAGCUCAGUAACACAGGUUGUGGCUCAAGUAAAAUCAUGAUAUUGCAGUUUCUAAAUAGAGACUUUUUCUUCUGACUUGUGUAACAUUACAUUGAAAUAUUAUGAACUUGUAAUUCAAUAAGUAGAGUUCUUUUAAAAUAAAACUGAGUACAUUUUAAA